AAAAAAUGGAGAGAGGCCACACUCACAAUUUCCAGCAAAGCACAACAACAAGGCGUGAAUAUACUAGUACAACAACAGAUACUACUAGAACUGACCAUGACAACCGAAGCGGCCAAUCCUCGCGCACUCCCACUGCGAUGCUACAGUUCCUUGGAUCCUGUCAAGGCGUGCACUCCAACCUUUUCUCUUUGUCUCUCCACAGAGAGUGCACAUGUUCCAACGAGAAGCAGGCGGCAGAAGAACCCACGAAGAUCCAUCAUGAUCACAGCCAAGGACUUUGUCACACACAAGGUAGGGCAUAACUUGCACGAUGACUAUGAUGUCCAAGACAUGGUGGGCGAAGGUGGAUUUGGAGAAGUCUAUCGUGCCAUUCAUCGUGCGACAGGAUCGGAACGUGCUGUCAAGGUGUUGCCUCGAUCAGCUGAUCAAGAAGAGAACGAGCAAGUCCGGAAUGAAUUUGACGUUGUGAAGAACCUUGACCAUCCAAACAUACUGAAGCAGUACAAUAUGUAUGAGUCUGACGACAAGCUCUACCUGGUCACAGACAUCUACCUGGGAGGUGAAAUGUUUGAGGAACUGGAAGAAAAUGGACUCCUGACUGAACAAGAUGCUGCUUCCUUGAUGAAUCAUCUGCUGUCAUGCAUCCAUUACUGCCAUCAGAAAGGCAUCUGCCACAGGGACGUCAAGCCUGAGAACCUGUUGAUGAGUGGCAAUAAAAAGUGGGAAGACAUCAAACUGAUCGAUUUUGGAUUGGCAUGCUACCACAACGACGAUGAGGAUGAACCCAUGACCGAAGUGUUUGGCUCUCCAUACUAUGUCGCCCCACAAGUACUGGAGGGAGAGUACACAAACAAGGCUGACAUUUGGAGUUGUGGUACCGUCGCCUUUGUAGCCCUGGCUGGAUACGCUCCAUUCGAUGGGGAUUCUACGGAAGAUGUGAUUGAUCGAGUUCACGAAGGUGUCUUUGACUUUGAGGAUGAAGUCUGGGAUGAUGUUUCAGAAGACGCCAAGGAUUUCAUUCGGAAGCUGCUGACCUAUGAUGAAAGCGAGCGCCCCACAGCAUUGGAGGCAUUGCAGCAUCCUUGGCUGGUGCAAGAACGGGAAGCUCACAAGCAACGCGUGUUCUCUGAUUCAGAACGAAGGAGCAGCAUGGAGGAAGUUCUUGCGGGUAUGCAAUGCUAUGAAGCCAAAUCCAAGCUCAAGCAAGCUACAUUUGCUCUCCUGGCCAGUCAGUUCUUGUCCAAGGAGGAACGAGCAGAAAUUGACGAGAUCUUUCGUGUGCUUGAUGCUGACUGCAGUGGUCAGCUGACCAAAGACGAAGUCCAAAAGGGCUUUGCAGACUUCUACAAGAAUAAUCUCAGUGACGACGAGAUUGAUUCUCUGUUUGCAAAGGUGAACUUCUCAAAGACCAACGAGAUUUCCUACAGUGAAUUUGUCUGUGCCUGCCUCAUGCAAAUGGAUGUUCUCGAUGAGAAGCGCUUGCUGGCUGCCUUUCGUGAGUUUGACCUUGAUGGAUCCGGAACCAUCUCGGUAGAGGAGCUCAAGGAAAUCUUUGGUGCUUGCAGGGACAAUGAGGGUCUGGUUGACGAUGAUAUGAUUGAUGCCAUCAUUGCCCAGGUUGACAAGACUGAAGAUGGUGAGAUCGACUUCGAAGGGUUCAAAUCCUUCCUUCUCUCCCCUUCCGGUGAGCCCAGCAAAGAAACGUUGCAGCAGAGGCACAACAGCAAAGCAAGCCUUGGUUUGGAUGACGAAGAUGACAUCUCGGAAUUUGCCUGCGAAAGUCAAUCCGAACUUUUUACCAAAGACUGUCGCUAUUCUUUGCUCACUGCCUCGACUGAAAUUUCCACCGGUAGCUCCCUUGAGUUUGACGAUGGCUCCCUUGAUGGGCCAUCAUUGUCUGGCGACGAAGACGGCACGUUUAUUAUCAAGCUAUCAACGGUUGAGCAAACAUUGCAACACGAGGACGAGGCAUCGAUAGCAAACGUUUCGGCCCACAGCCGCGAGUCAGAAUACAGCACGAGUAAAAGAAGAGACGAACUGGCAUCAGUAUCGGUACACAAGCAACGUUGCAUCUUUGAGGAACUGAUUGCAAAGAACAGCAGCUAGACUCGCCAAUGAUGAUAGUUGGUGUCACGGAAGCAUUGAGCCUUCUGGCAAGGGGAAGUUUGAAACUGGAAUUGCGUUGGGCGGAUUGCACCAACAGCAACGUUGCGUAGCUACUAAAGAAUAUGCAUAGUGUUUGUAUUGACAUUG